UCGCCGUCGCCCCCCAGAGAGCGAGAGAAAUGAGGCCAACCGCAGCAUCCGCAUCUUUGCUGAUGGCGUUCGCCGUUUUCCUUGCGUCGCAGGCGAGUGAGAACGCAUCUGAAGGGAACAGCGCUGAAAACGGCACGGAACCUCAGUUAAAGUUCUGCGAUAACAGCACUACGGAUGAAGAAAGGAACAGCACGUUGCAGUGCGUCCUCGGCAGUGACGGACAGGACGUUGAGAAACUCAGGUCAUACAUGAACCAUACCGGCACCGGCCCCUUGGAAGUCGCGCAGCACUUGUGUACCCAUCCAAACGGCUUUCAUCACAACGUCACAAAGCAUCACGACCCGAAUGCAACCGAGCCUCAGGACCUGGAUUUACAAGGGCCGUUCACGGAGUGUGAAAAGAAGAACUAAGGCAACAACACUGUGCUUGAAUAAAUGUGGCCUUUCUUUCGACAAUGCUAA